UAGAUUUGUCUAUACGAGGGCGAAUCCUCCACAAGUUACCAACUGACGUGGUUUUGAAGGGAGGAAUGCAGUGAGUGAAAGCUUACAUUUUGAAUAUUAUAACCUAAUUUCACACGCGCUGCUGUGAAAGACAUCUAUUUACUUCUGAAAGGGCUCAUCUUGGUCACUGCAACUAGAGUUGUACGCGAAACAGGAGGCGUUAUUUCGAGAAUUUCUCAAAGAUUCUCCUUUGUUGUGGCACUGAAGGCGUAUUUUGGGGCUCUUUUGAGCAGGAUUUGGCUGGGAAAAGAGGACCAAAUUGAAGUGAGAUCAGUAUGUGUGAAGCAAAUCGAGGACCCUCCUACGGUGAUCUAAGGCAGCGUCAGAUGAAGAUCGAGUCAAAACGUGAUCCCGAGCUCGAACGUCAGUGCAUCGAAUUCAUUGUCCACCACACAGGCGAGACAGUCAACACCUUUGAUGACCUAAAGAACGGAGUCAUCCUCUGCAAAUUGGUCAACAAAUUCUGUGACGGGGCGGUGAAGAAGAUCGAUACCUCAAGUGCCGUUUUCAAGCAGAGAGCAAACCUCGAAGCCUUUAUCCAAGGAUGCAAGGUAUUCGGACUAAAGGACCAAGAAGUCUUCCAAGUCAACGAUCUUUUCGAGUCAAAGAACAUCCCACAGUUCACACAGUGCAUUGUCGCUCUUGGUCGAUAUGCCCAAUCCCAGCCCGGCUAUGACGGCCCCAUCCUAGGACCCAAACACUCCGAAGGAAACGUCAGGGAGUUCUCCCAAGAUCAGCUGGAUGCUGGCAAGCACAUGAUUGGUCUUCAAAUGGGUUCCAACAAGGGUGCCUCUCAGGCUGGUGGAGACUUCGGCAGGCCCCGCCAGAUCCACUCAGACUUCAAAUAAAUCAGUUAUCCCCCAUCACCAUCAACACAACCACUACGUCCCACGCCAUUGCACUCACAGACCAUUCUGGAAGCAGGAUAGAGAAUAAAAAUAUGAAGAUCAGCUGAUAUAGAAAGAUCAAGGGAUAGGGUAGGAAAUGCCGGAUGCCGAAUAAGUAUUGUAAAUUCAAAUUCAGACUUAUUUGUUGUGAAUUCAUGAAUUCAUCAGGGACAAUGCUGCUUCUUUCAAAAAUUGGAAGAGGCGCCAUUUCAACUCUGAUGAGUUAUCGAAUACUUUUCCAACUUUUCCAAAAAAGUCAAUCCUGUACUAUUUUCUAGUGACAUCCAAAUAAAACCCUUCCUUUCUUAUCAUGCUUAUACUGUCCUUAGCAAUAUUUUCCCAAACACAAUCAUUCUACCAAAAUUAUAAUUAUGUUGUUGUAUGCAUGUAUUCAUAUCCCUAAUGAAAAAAAAACUUUACUUAGUAUCAUUCAGAUACAUAACAAAACUGAAUGCUUUUAUUAUUCAUGUCUUAUGUCACGAACACGCAGGAACAUUUUCUUUAUCAUCCAUUGGAAGUAAAAAUGCGAAUGCGAACAUGGCUCAUGUAUCUUAUUGCAUGAAAUGUAACCUUAUGUAUUAUCAAGAAUAUCGUUUUAAUUUUGUAUAUGUUAGCGUUGAAUAUUUCAAAGCAGAUUUGUUAGAAAAGUUAUACUUGUGUGAGGCAAUGAAUAGUAAUUAGAAUGUGAUUUAAUUUCUAUAUAUCAUAAUUAUAUUUCAUUCAAGGAUCGUUAGGCUUUUUCAUGAAGUCUACAAAGGAUAAUACUUUUACAAUCAUGCUUAUGUGAUCACUACGGAAAAAUAAUCCAGAUUACCUAAAAAUGUUUUUGCAUCUAUAAAAUGGUAUUAAAAAACAUUUGCCAUUUGCAUUAAACAGUUUUUCUUUACAAUUUACGAAAUGAGUUGGUUCUUUCUUGAAAAUUGAUUUUUUUUAAGUUUUCAAAUACAUAUUUAAAUCAUUGUUAACUUUAUAUAAUAAUCGGGAGAAAAGAAUUGUAAUUAACGAAGAAGAUGACACGAUGUUCUAUUCAAUGUAUACAUAAUAAAUUGUUCAUACGGAAAUAAAAGCCGCAGCACACAA